AUGACUAGCCUCUCGUUACUACUGCUGUUUGCUGUUGCGCGGGCACUUUUAUGCCAGACGUCACCGAACUACCAGACUCUGGAAUUGCAGAAUGAGUAUGCUGCGAGGGGUGGUGACCCGAAAUUGGGCCCGGAGGAUGAGGAGGACGAGGAGCAGGUGGAGAGUUCCAAGGUCGGCGAGGAGGAACUGAAGAUGGAGGAAUUUAAAGAGAUUCUGGUUCCCGCAAAUUGGAGGCGCCGCCCCCAGCUCUGUCGUCAUCUUUGUUGUCGGAUUGGCGUUCGUUGCUUUUCGAAUUGUAUGAUUUCUGACUGA